CACACUGAAGGCUCACCUAUUUCCUAGCAAAACAUUUCAACGUCCGGAAACUAAAUAACUACAAAGACUUAUUUAUCAAACCUUUCUUUUAAAUGAAGUCUUUAAGAACAGAAAAGAAGUGUUGAGGAUCCUCUCAUCAUUGAUGGGCAUCUGUUGCUGUAAAUAUGAUGGCAAUUCGCGUGAAAAUAGCUUUCUUGAUGGUGAUCUAAAUGGGAGAAUUUGUCAUGACAGCCAAGCCUCAGAUGGCGGGGUUCGAUCCAAAGCCGGCCAAAAACAUGUGAUCGGGACUGAUGCUCUAGUUUUGGAUGCGCUUAAUGCCCUCAGAAAGCUUACAGAUAAUGAUGAAGAACCGCCAGAGUGUAUGACUGUUUUGCACUUCCUUGCUGAAGAAGAAGAUGGAUGGCUGGAAGUUGUGAAGUCAUGUAUUUUUGCCAUACCUUUAGAAGACUCUCUUGGUUCAGCUGUGGUAUCUUUUCUUUUGGAUGAGUGUCCACUCCCAACAAGGGAUGCAAUCAGUUUAUUAGUGACACGGCUGAACUUAAGCAAGACUUCUAGUAAGAUUGAACUUCAGACGCGCACCAGCAAGAGGAGUAGUGCCCUUGAGCCUGCAAUAUGUAGGAACCUAGCUGCUGUGUUGGCUUGUUUAGCAGACAAACUGGCUGGUCCAAUGAGCAUUGCUUUGUUAAGUGCGGGUACCCUUGAGUUUCUACUGGAAAGGCUGAGUAUCACAGAGCAUCCUGCUGUUACACUGUUUUCAAUUCUUGCACUAGAAAAGUUUGCUCAAACAAGUGAAAAUAAGCUGACUAUUCAAAAGAGUGGGAUAGCUGACAGGCUCUGGUUGCUAGAGAAAGAGUUCAUCCUCAGUACUGAUCACUUAAAGCACCAGGUUGGGUUUUGUGCUCAGUGGCUUCUUGAUAAUACAUUCUCGUAUACCGGGCGGCCAUAUUCAUAUAAAAAGGUAGAUGUGUCUCAGAUAAAAGCUAUGCUGAACAGCAAUGACGUCAGUGAGUAUCUGAAGAUCUCGCCCACAGGACUAGAGGCACGCUGUGAUGCUGCAUCAUUUGAAAGCGUACGUUGUACCUACUCUGUCAACACAGGGGUAUGGUAUUAUGAGGUUUGUCUACUGACCGCCGGAGUGAUGCAAAUUGGAUGGGCAACAAAAGACAGCAAGUUCCUCAAUCACGAUGGCUAUGGUAUCGGUGACGAUGAAUACUCGUGUGCUUAUGAUGGAUGUCGGCAGCUCAUCUGGCACAACGCUAAAAGCACGCCGCAUAGCCACAAACCUUGGAAGGCAGGCGAUGUGCUUGGACUUCUGCUUGAUGUGGCGAGAAGAAGGGUGCAGUUCUCACUCAAUGGAAAUGCCAUUCAAAGAGACUUCAAAGCUGCACCGACACAGUCUGGCUUCUUUGCUGCAGCUAGCUUCAUGUCAUUUCAGCACUGCAUCUUUAACUUUGGAUCGGAACCCUUUAAGUUCCCACCAAGUGUCCCGUUCAAGUCAUUCAAUGACUGUGCUGACAUGAGCGAUGACGAAAAAAUUAUUUUACCGAAGCACUUGAAGAUUGCGGCCAUACGUCAGGAAAGUGUGUCUGGUGAGCCUUGCAAAAUCUGCUUCGAAAAGGAGGCUGACACGAGAUUGGAUCCCUGUGGACACAGGGAAAUUUGCAUGCCCUGUGCCCUUCAAGUCAUGGAAUGCCCUAUCUGCCGCCAACAAAUUACACACAAAAUACUGGAGCGGUCAGAACCUAACUCCCCUGUCGACAAGUUACCGCCAAGAUGACAUCACUUACACUAUCCUAGGUGCCCCCCUCCCUAGAAAAUAAGACCUAUCCUAGGUGCCCCCCCUCCC